AAUAAUUAUAGAUGAACCCGUCCAGAUUUUGCGACGACAAAACACAAACAGCACGACUUAUGCCACCAUUAAGACCACCCAUCUCUGCAUUAGGCAGGGGAUAUGUUUGCCCAUCGUGUAUAACAAAACUACAGCACCCACGGUACUUUCCCUCAUCGGUUCGAACUAUCUCAUCGAGACGCAACAACCCCCCUCAGAAGACACCAAUUACCCCGAAACUUGAACCCAGGUUGAACAAAGAGGCCGUUAGUUUUCGCCAAUUCGAGCAGGACGAACAUGGACGACUUGCGCCACUUGAUAUUCGAGAAGACGACCACAUCCUUGAGGGGCUAGAUUUGAAACAAAAAGACCACGAAGAUGAACUCGCCAGGCUAUCGGAGACCGUGGAGGGUUCCCAUGAGGGAACGUUGGAGGAGAAACUGAAAUUUGUCGAAUCUCUACGCCGGGCGCUCGGAAAAGACUUGGGAGUAGAGUUAAAAGCGCCAGCUAUCGAAAGUUCAGCAACCAUCGACAGCCCUAGCACACGAAUUGCCAAACCGGUCCGGGCCAAGCAGAAACGACAAGCUGCAGCCAUAGAACCCAUAGAAGUUGAAGACGUCGACGUUUCAAUACCGCGGCACUCAUUCCCAAGAGAAGGGCAGGCCUACAUAUCCCGUCUGAACGAGGCCCUUGAAAAAGCCUCUGCGGCGCCGUUGAAGAACCGAAAAGAAUUAUGGAGGUGGUAUUCACUCAGCAGAAAGACGCUUUGUGCUGCAUGGGGGGAGGUUCCCAUGAGCACCUGGCAAUUGCUUUGGAAAGAGUUAUCUGUUGAAGCUUUAGAUAACCCCGAUCGAAUGCCACAUGUCAUACAGUUGGGAAACGACAUGGAGGCUGCCAACAGGCCCCUCAAACCAGAGCAGACAUUGCUCUAUAUCGAGGCAUUAUUCGUCGAGGGAAAUCAAAAGGAUGCACUGGCGAGAUGGGAAUCGGUUCGGUCGUCAUUAACGCUUGUUGAAGCGACUGCGAUCCAAUAUUGGGCAUUGGGCGUUGUCAUGCUAGCCAAAUCCAAGCAACCAGCUCGAGCGCAGGAGGCAGCAGAUGUCCUGUUGAAUGACCUGAAAGCGGUGAAAGAAAGCAGGGCCCUCAUCCCUCUCAUCCGAACAUGGUCUGAAUAUCCUGACAGUUCUGCUAUUCAGAUGGCAUGGGCAUUGUAUGUCCGGCUGAAGUUUUGGAUGGGAAGCAGCAUGGAGAUGCAGGAUUACGAUGCCGUAGCGGGUAUUUUCUUAACUUCAAAUAGAACUGAUCUAGCAUUGGCUGUGUUCAGAGAUAUGAUGUUAACUGACGACCCAGUGGCCAAGAGCUAUGAUUCUCUAGCUCUAUACCCGCGAUUUGUGGGAUUGAAAGGUACACGGCCCUUGGAGUCUUUCCAGCUCGGCCCCGAGGAGACGAGCUGGACUCGGAGCAAUCCUCUCACGGUCUUGCCGCCAAAAUUUCGUAAUAAGUUCUUCUUUGGUAGCUGGAUAAAGAAACUCGUUGGGGACGAUGAAAUCGAUUGGGCCUCUCAAGUCGUUGAACUGAUGUCGCAGCGCGAUAUAAGGCCAGAUGCCACCUAUUUGAACGGAAUAAUCGGUGCAUGGUUCCGGACUGGAAGCGCUGAGAACCAAAAGAAAGGCACCACCAUGGCUUGGAAAAUGAUUGCGGCACGACUCGAAUUUGUUCGCUACAGGUCGCACCGUUAUACAUCCACCUUGGAAGGCCCAGUGCGAGCCAGAUUCGACCAGACUUCCAAGGACGACUUUAUUCGUCCAUCAUCCAUUGCUGUCUCAGCUCAAGCGUCAUUGGAAACCUUUUCCGUUCUCAUUCAUCACUACCAGCAACUCGGUCAAAAAGACCGUGUCCAGGAGCUUCUUGGUGCGAUCAAGGCAACAGAGAUUAAGCCUAAUACCGCCUUCCUCAACAGCCUUCUGGAGCUUGGUUCGGCUAUGCACCAUCGCCCGUGGGUUUGGAGUCUUUAUGUCCGUUUUGUGGAGCAAGAGAGAGUAGUGCCGAGCCAGUACACUUUCGCUCUUCUGUGGAAGAGCAUGAAGGAUCAUGUGGAUCCGUUAAUCAACCGUUCGAAAGCUGGUUACCCGUCACCUAGAUUCUUGUUUGCUGAGAUGAACAAAUCGUCGACCUGGAAAAACGAAAAGUUGGCAAGGGAAAUGUACGACCAGAUUAUUCUCUGUUUUGGACUAGCAGAUGACCAAAUCGGGACAGCCGUGGCACUCAGGGCAAUGCAGAGACUGUAUGGAAUGUAUCCGAAUGAAGCGACGGUUCGAAGCAUAGUCCUACAGAUUGCAAAGGCCGGCGUGAAGAAUGUUGCAGGCUACAGGCCACGCAGACUGAAUCUGAAUAAAGAUACGCAGCGCAGAAUUAGUGACGUCGGGAAGGUACUGAAGACCUUGAAGGACGACAGGACCAAGCAGCUUGAGGAUCAAGGCGUUGAUGUUGAAGGCAUGAGCAUAGAGGAUAAGUCGGAAGAGUCGCUGAAACUACUGUGCCUUUUGCUACGCUCUACGGCGGAAGUAAGGAUGGCAUCAGAAGCCUCGGAAUUGCGCAUGGAAGCUGGAGUAGGAGGUGUCGAUUAUCUGGCACGAUCUGCAGCCCAUGAGAUGGGGGUGCCCGAGAAUCUACCUUGGGCCUCUUAAGAUGUAAUUUUGUAAGAUAGGACAUAUGUAAACAUAUAUUGAGCAAUGAUACCCACCUUAAUUCUCAAC